AUGGACAAGAACUGGCAGACACUGUUCUUGGCAGCCGGUUUGACUGAUGAACUACCACCAGAAGUCGUUGCUGAUGUACUUGCAACAAUGCAUGAACCAAGCACUCCGCCCAAGAAUGCCAACAAGCGGCCCAUUCCAGACAAGGAUGCGCCUACUCCAGAUGGGAAGGAGCCAUUUCCCAAGCGAGUCAACGCAUGUCGACCUGCUCCUUUUGGUCAACCCAAGGCAAAGGAGACCAUCCUGAAAGCCGCAAAGCCCACGAUCCAGCCAAAGCCAGAUGAGACAGAGAAAGACACUCUUGAGCUUGAUUCAGAUGAGGAUGUCAACUGUUCGAAAGUGAGGAGGGCAUCCCAUCGCAGAACUUGCCGCAAAAAGAGCCCGAAGCCUGCUGAAAAGAAACUCCAAGCAGUCCGAUGCUACCUGUGGCAGAUUGAAUUGACGUGGCCUGCCUUCCAAUCUUGGCACAGAAGGCAGGGGCUGGCUCCCACAAAGAAGGUCAACAAAUGCACUGAUGGGGGGUUCAAGACUCUGCAACUGAAGCUUCUGUCAGACCAGUCCUCGAAGUGUGCAGCUUGCAACAAGAUGCUUGAGAAGUGCAAGUUCAACAGGGAAGACAUGAAGGCCACGAUUCAAGCUUACCUGAAUGGGGACUAUCAGAAAGCUUCUGAGCCAGCGCAGCCUCUUCAACCCAUUCAGGACCCUGACAAUGCAGAGCAGGAUGCAGAGAAUGAAGAUGACGUGGAUGAUGAAAACAAUCGCCAGAAAGCCAUUGCGUAUCUUCGAAUGUGGGAGCCUGACCUGACCUUGUUGCCACUGGGCUCCUUCGGCAAGCGGGUGCCUCUUCGGUGUCGGAUCUGUGUUACCAAGUCUUGGCCGCAAGGGAAGAUCAUUGAGCUGUCACAACUCAAGCCCAACUGCGUCGAGCACUUUGUGAAGCAACAUGUUCGAGGUACCAGGCAUCAGGUUCGCAAGCGUCGAGCCAAAAACGGGCAUGUUGUUGUAGAUCAGACCAAGUGCGAGGGUCUUUGCAUCUCCAGCCAGCGGGCCAACAAACUCUACCAGUUCCGGGAUGAGUUUGCGCUGUGGGCAGGGUACUGCAACUUCGAAGAGACCGCCAAGCAUGAGUAUGUCCAGCGAGCGAACUCUCGCGAAUGGUUUGUGCGCUCGGCCAACUGCUUGAAGGACUGUGAUUUGGUUGAGAGCGAGGAGUACCAGACCUGCCGGACCUGCCUGGCUCUUGGAACUUCACAUGGUGUUGUGCGGCAGGUUAUGAGAUUCGCACGGAAGUACUAUGCAGCCCAGUUCCUCAGUGCCCGACUCUUUCAACCAGAGAGAGAGGCGCAGGAGGUCAAGGAGGAGAUUUGGCAGAGUCAGCUCUACAAGAGUGGUGACAAGAAGCUUCUUGAAGUGCUCGCUCUUCCUGUGAAUCAACUUCAGCAAUGGGUCCGACAAAGUUGGCUCAAUGAAGGCCAUGGGAGUGUUGAAGGCAAACGCUUCUCUGCCACCGUGGUGAAGCCCAGUUUGUCUGUGAAUCCAGGAGCCAUCCCCGAACAGAUGGUUUCAGUCAUUGGACGCUUCAUGGCUGUGUUGACCAGUGAGGAGGCCGACGAGGCCGAUGCUGCAAGCUUCAAGGUGGCUUGCAGCGCGUUAAGCGGUGAGCUUAACGAACAUCCUCUGAUCCUUGGUCUAGCUCUCCAAGCACGACGAAUGAUCAAGAAAAAGGCCAGAGGCAUCAGCACCAUGGCUGGCCGUCGUGAUUCUGAAACCAGUCGGGAAGCGGCCCUGAUCUCUGAUGCCGGGAUCACGCUUUCCCUUCAUGCGGCCAACGUGUCGUUGGCCCGUGAAUUCGGGUUGUCAGGGGCAUCAUGCCGAAUCGACCUGGCAAUCCUUGAGGAGAGAAGUCUGCCAAGUCCAGCCCUGGCUCUCAACUUUCCGGACAAGAUGAAGAACAACUUUGUUCUGGCCGACCAAAGAUUUGUCAUGGUUCCAGCGAGCAACCGUUGCCGGCUCGUCUUGGCCUUCGACUGCACAUACCUGACCAAGACCCUGGCCCAAAUGCAAUUUGGUGGGGCCAGAGGAAUGGUGGGGGGCCUCUUCUAUCCAAACGAUGAAGAGAACAUGAGUUUCCUGAGCUUGGACGGUGACAUCCAGUUUGACAAGGUGAACAAAGCUGCCACAAUGUUGGAUUGCCUGGUAUGGGAUCCAUGUGCGAAGCGCAAGCAUCCCCUCAGUGUCUUGGCGCUCCCCGUACAGCAUUCCUUCGGUGGUGCCGGUGCCACCAAUCGAGCUUGCCACUACAUGCUUGAGAUCGUGGGACGCAUGAUGGCUGCCAGUGGAGGCAUAGUCAGAGCACUGGUUUUUGAUGCUCAUGGGUCACACCAAUUCAUUCGCAGAGCCUUGCAUGGCCAGUUCAUCCCGAUGCUCGAAGAGGACCUUCGUCAGGUCCCAUUUUUUAGCGAGCUUUGCUACGAGGACGUGGGCCAUGGCCUGCCUCGUUGGCCGAUCAGGUUGGCCAAGUGGCGCAAUGAGUUUGUGUGGUGUUUCCCAGGCAUCUGCCACGCAAACAAGAACUCUGCGGGUCAAGCCACCAGCUGGCUCCGUACCAUAUACUGGGGCCAGUUUUGGACGGACUAUACCAUGGCCCGUGAGUUGCACAUGCCACCAGGAGUUUUGGGAAGAGAGUCGCCGAUGAGCGACAAACUCCAAGCUUUGUUCAGCAAUCCAUUCUUCUUAGUGAAAGAAGAUGACGGACCACUGGAAGCUAUGACUGUUCCGUGGGCUCUUCGAGGUGCUCUCAUUCACAACCUUGUCAUUGCUCUCAACCUCGUCCCGCUUCUACACAAGGAAGUGAGCUUGAAGUUGCGAGCAGAGCUCGGAGUCUCUGGGUUCGUGGCCCUGGACGUCUUUUCUAUGUUGGCUUCCCAGACGGCAGUGAAGAUGAAAGCACCUACUGGAUCAUGUUUCAUGGCUGGGCAGACCAGCGGCAACCUACAGGCUGCAUGUCUCUCGGGGGUGCUGGUGACGGUGAGCAAGGAGGAGACCUUUUGCCCCUGGACCCACGGGUCCGCGAGACUGUCAGAAAUCUCCAUCGAGGAGAACUUCUCCAUGCUGCGACGUCAGUCGCAGAACAGCCAAUUGACUGCGAGAGGCUUCUUCCAGGCAGCAGCCCGGGUAUCUUUGAAGCACGAUGCCUUGCUGAACCGGGAGAAACCCACCGUGUGUGUUGGUGAGAAGCCUCUGACCUCGGAGGAGUUCAAGAAGGCUUGCGAGCGAGGGUACCAGGGCGCGAUCAAGCUGGCGGCCUUUUGCAGCGGCAAGACAGAGGCUGCCAUCGACAACGCCUACAAAAAGUGGGCUGCAGAUGGUGGAGGUGGUGCUCAUGAUAACGAUGACAUUGCUCAGGAAGAGCUUUUGGAGCAAGGGCAGGAAGUUAGCAUGCCGCCCGAGAAUGAGUGCGAGGCUGUGUUGACAUCGGUGCUCCAGGAGUCUGGCUGGGUGGAUCCUGAAGGCUGCGAGCCCGAGGUUCCCACUGCAGAUGCUGAUGCUGAAGCCUUCAGCAAAGUCUCCAUGAAGGCAGAAGUUGAACAAAUGCUGGCUGGUGGAGGUGCUGAUGACACUUCGCAGAAGCUGCCAUCUUCCUUGCUGGAGAUCAUGAAUGGCACGGGGGAAAAGUUCAACGCCAUGUUCCGUUUGAUCGUGAAGUUGAGGUGCGGCCAUGGCGGCGUUGAUGCUCGGUGGGUGACGAACCACAGGAAGAGCAGAGUCGCCGGCAGAAAUCUGAACUGGCAUCAGUAUAACGAGAUGCGCAUAGCCCAGGCAAAGUCAGAGGCAGAGACCCCUGAGUACAGAUCAAGGGCAGCAAGGCUGACCAAAUGGCGUGAGCUCGUGGUUCAGGCUCAGCGAGACCUUGAAUUACCAGCAGCAGCUCCGGAGAGGAUCAUGCCUGGUCAUAUCGUGCUGUUCCAACUCCCAGAGACCCAAGAGCACAGCGGCAUCGAAUUGGGAAUGGUGCUGUCUGUGUGGAAGGGAGUCAAGAAUCCACGGUUGUUUGCGGGUGAGACCCACGUCAACAGCUGUGUUGCAUUCAGAGCGGUGGCUUUGGAGAUGGUCGAUCAGGAGAACAAUGCAGAGUGGUGGUGCUCGUCCACUAGUGUGGCGUGGGUUGUUCGGCUGGAAUCCUUGGUUUGCAUCCUGGAUUGCGACAGCUGUGAGCAACCAAGCGAUGGAUAUGGACGAGUCAAGCUGCGCCUGACCCAGGAAUCCACUGCUGUUCUCGAAAAGGCUGUUACUUUGACCCGUUGGAAGGUGCAAGCCACAAUGUCUCGGGGAUCAAAAACAGAGAGCAAACCCACGGAGAAGAAGGAGAAAAAGGCUGGGCCCAAAGCCAAGCCAGUCGACCUUCAUGUCAAGAAGCCCAAGGUCGCAGCCAAGCCAUCGAAGCCAUCCGUUCCAGUUGAAGAGCACAGUGACAAGAGCAUCCGGCGCACAAAUGCAGGUCGUGCUGUGAUCAGGGAGCUCCUUGACGAUUUGAAGGCGUUGGACAGUGAGGCCUUUCCACAGGCCCCAGCUUUCGAUGAUGAGGGCCGCUGUCGCAUGAAGUUUGAGGGUGCUGAGUCCAUCAAAUGGCAGGAAUUGGCUGACAUUGCUCCAGCGGCCUUUGAGACAAUGUAUAAGCAUGCUUCGUCAGGUGCGGGCUAUGGCAAGGCAGUGUGGCGCCACAUCACCUCCGUGAGGACCAGCUUGGGGGGCAGUGAGCCAAAGCGUCAGCCUUGGCUCAGGCUCGUGAAAGAUUUGUCUGACUUCCUGAAGGCAAACAAUAACGGCCAGGGCACAAAUUGA